AUGUCUCAAGACCAUCGUCAGCUAGACAGCAGUCUGAUAUGCCGGGUCAUCUUGUCGUUGAUGCAGUCCAACCUCUCUGUCAGCAUUCCAAUUUUGCAAGGUGCAGUCCAAGCGAGCUACCACUUCAAACUGUCCUACAGAAAGGUGUGGAUGGCCAAGCAAAAGGCAGUUGCACAAAUCUUUGGGGAUUGGGAGGAGUCGUACAAUAAGGUUUCCAAGUUGCUUCAGGCACUGCAGAGCUGUGUUUUUGGUACCAUUUGUGACCUCCGUGUCAAACCAUUCUACGGUGGGCACCUCCUUGUACGUGACUACAAUAUGUUCGACAAGGUAUUUUGGUAUUUCCCGUCAUGUGUAGAAGCCUUCAAGCAUUGCAAGCCCUUUGUCUCUGUAGAUGGGACGCAUUUGUAUGGCAGGUAUGGUGGUGUGUUGCUUAUUGCGGUCACGCAAGAUGGGAAUAGCAACAUCCUGCCUAUUGCCUUUGCCAUUGUGGAGUCUGCGAGCACCGAGUCAUGGUCGUUCUUCCUAACUAAUCUGAGACGCCACGUCACUCCACAAGAUGGUCUACUGGUUAUCUUCGAUAGAUCUCAGGCUAUCAAGGCAGCGCUUAGCUCCGAUGACAGUGGUUGGCAUCCCCCUAGAACCUACCAUGCUUACUGCAUCAGACACAAAGCUGCAAACUUCAUGACACGGUUCAAGUCAGGCGAGGGUAAGAGGUACCUCAUUAAUGCUGCUUAUAGUCCAAGCAAGGCCGAUUACGAGUGGUAG